AUAUGUUUUCAUUAAAGGGCCCUGACGAUAACUAACACAUGUGAGAGUUGUUGCGGAAUAGAAAAAAGUCUUUUUAGCUAACGUUAACCUUGCUAACGUUAGCUGUAGCAGGCUGGAUGAAACCGACUGACUGGAGCUGUCCACCUGAUAAGUGGUGAUGGGCGACAUUCGCCAGUCGUUGCUGCCUCGCGAUGUGCUGAGUGCAGCCAAGGAGCUGCUGUAUCACCUGGACAUCUACAUCUGUAACCUGGUGCAGUCAGGGAGGCAGCCUCCUCAGGUCGACUCCAAAACCCAGGAGCUGGUGGAGGAGUUCAUUCUGCAUGCACCUAAGGACAGAAACACCCCAGCCAGGAGGAUGAGUGCUCUCCAGGAACUCCAGCUAUUGGAGAUCAUGUGCAGCUGUUUCCAGGAACAGAGCCGCGAUACUGUCCGUCAGCUUAUGUUCUCCGCCCUCUUUAGUCUUCAAGGCAACCAGGCAGACGAAAGUCGCAUGGCGCUGUUAGGCAAGCUGGUGUCCAUGGCUAUCGCUGUGGGCAGAGUUCCUAUCUUGGAAUGUGCUGCUACCUGGUUACAGAGAACCCACCGUGUGUACUGUGUUCGCCUGGCUCAGGUGUUAGUAGAUGACUACUGUAGUAUGGUGCCAGGCUCGGUGCCCACCCUGCAGAACAUCCACAGCGCCAGCCCACGCUUCUGCUGCCAGUUCAUCACUGCUGUCACCACCCUCUAUGACCUCACCACAGAGGAGCUCACGCCUCCUUUAGAACUCCUACAGAUGAUUGUGUCGUGGAUCCAAGAUGACCCUCGUCUAGUCCUAAUCACCUUUCUGAACACGCCCCUCACUGGCAAUCAGCCAAUCAGCUCACUUGAUGUUACACCAUUAGGGGGGUUGGUGCGUUGGUGUGUCAAAGCCCCCCUGGCCUACAGGAGAGACAAGAAGCAGGUGUUAACCAAUGGCACCACUGAGAGUGAGCCAGAGGUGGGGCCUCUUUUCUCUGCUCUCCAUCUGAGUGUCCUACAGGUCCUCAUGCUUUUGCCGAACAUACUAAAUGAGAAGGGGCUUUACGGUCGCCUGGCGUUGCUCCAGAUGGAGUCCCUGGCCGCACUGACCUCAGACCUCUCCAGGCUGUUGGACCAGGCUGACAAACACACGCACGCUUCAUCCGCAGACACACGUGCACUGUCUCAGCUGGUCCUGGACCGGCUGGCACAGGCCCUGCAGGUGGCCAUGGCCAACGGAGCUCUGCUCUGCUCAAGAGAGGACCUGAGAGCCAUCUGUUCCCGCCUGCCACACAACAAUUUGCUCCAGUUGGUGUUGUCAGGCCCGGUGAUGUACUACAACAACAUCCACACCCCUCCACUGGCCUUCAGCCCCCACGCAGCUCAUUCCCCCAUCGCCUCACACCCCGCACACACUGCACACACUGCACACACUGCACACACACCUCUAGCCACCCAUGCCUCCUCUCACCCUCAGUACCCCGCUCAGCCUUUCAUGACGGGAAUGCCGUUCCCCUUCCGACCCAGCCACUAAAGGAAAUAAUGUCCAACUUGUGUGUGUGUGUGUUACCAGUGUUGUUGUCUUUGUUGUUUGUUUGUUGCCAUGCAUGAAUGAAUGUAUGUGUGAGUGAUGUAUUAUGUAUUGUGAUGUUAAUGAGCAUCUUCUGCUAAAAAUCUGCCAGGCUAACAUGUUUGUCCAAUAAAUAUUUUUUUACCUCA